ACAACUAAACUCGUAAAGGACAAACAGAGGAAGAAACUCAGACGCGUAAAGAGUUUCCAGAAGCGACCGUUGCCUGCAACACCGCGGAAUCCACACGGCUAUGGACAGAAGGAUGAACUUGAACGGCAGCGCAGGGGACAUUUUUCACAAAACUCUCAGCGCCGUGUCCACUAAAAAAAUGGACCCUUUCAGGUCGUCAGCCGGCAUUGAACUACCAGCCAGAGACCGCCAGUCGCCAAUCAGCUGCUUUGACCAGACCGAUCCAGACCCGAUUCAGCCGGGAGGACUGGCAGGAGGUAGAGGGGGACCGCUGGGUCUGCCGACCGGAUCUUUGUGCGUCAAUUACGGUGAGAGCGCCAACAGGACCUCGGUGGCAGAGAGCAGCGGCGGAGAGCAGAGCCCCGACGAUGACAGUGACGGCAGGUGUGACAUGGUCCUUCUGGCCGACGGGCGGACGGUGCCAGCGGGGAAAGGAGAAGGAGGUAAGAAAACCAAAGAGCAGAAAACACUGAGGUUAAACAUCAAUGCCAGAGAAAGACGACGGAUGCACGAUCUGAACGACGCGCUGGAUGAGCUCAGAGCGGUCAUUCCUUACGCGCACAGCCCGUCAGUGCGGAAACUCUCCAAAAUUGCCACUUUGCUGCUCGCAAAAAACUACAUCCUCAUGCAGGCGCAGGCACUGGAGGAGAUGAGGCGGCUAGUGGCGUAUCUCAACCAGGGCCAAGCCAUCUCUGCCGCCUCGAUACCGGCCACCACCGCUCUCGCAGCACCCGGCUUGGGCGCGUACGACCAGCCGCCUGGAUAUCCCUUCCCCACCGGAGUGGCUGCGUCCUCCUGUCCCGAUAAAUGUGCUCUAUUCAACAACGCCACCUCCAGCCUCUGCAAACAGUGCACUGACAAGCCUUAACUGCGGCUGACAAAGUCUCACGAAGAAGCACAUGAGAGAACAGACACCACUUUUAAGAACACUUUUGGAGAGGGGAAACCUGUGAGGCUACUGUUGUUGAAGUCAGGACGCUAGAGACAAAGAAGUAAUGCCGAUGAAUACUUUUAUAAUAUUUACUAAAUGCAUUCAAAACGCGCUUUUUUGUUCAAACAAUACUUGAUUGUGUAUAUAAAUCAUCCUUAAAGUGCUGGUAUGAGUGGCAAUGAAGACCAAACAGAAGUACAGUACAGGCCUGUAAGAGUGGCUGCAAGUGUUGAGUGAGUUGUUGGUCACUUGCUCUGUUAUGGACCCUUUUGGAGAUUUGGGUGACCUGACAACCUGCGACUUUUUCACUUGAAUAGAUUGACAUCUUCCUGGAGCAUUAGUCCAACCUCACUUCUGCUGCUUCCUCUCUCUCUUUUUUCUUAUUUUGCGGGUUUUCUUUCAUUUGCUGUUUACUUACUGGUCCAAGGCCUGUUUUCAUGAACUUUUCUAUUGAGCACGUGGAAUGUCAUGAACAAGGGAAAGUUAAAUUAAUUAGAUGAUAAGUUAAAUCUUUUAACCAGUCUGAUAUGUAUGUGCAAAUCCAGACAUUUGUUAAUAGUUGCGCACGCCUAUUACAGUUCUUUUUGGGGGCAAUAUGACAUAAUACAAUUUCAGAAACAUUUAGAAAACCUGAACCAAGGUUUAUCAGGUGUUUUGAUGUGUCU